UGUGAAUAGUCCGUACAAACGGUUUAGAAAAACAAAUGUCUUAUUAGCAAUGCUCCAAUUAUUCGAAUCAUUUACUCUACUUAAUUCAUCUGCUAGUUUGUUUUGUUCUCUAGGUACUCACUGAGGAAUUAAUUUUAUAUUCUUUUGCAUGCACAUUGAAAAAAUAUCAAUGGCUAUAUCUUGUAAGUGCUUUUUGCGACUACGGACUAAUAAAAUACGGGAAGCAUUCAAGUUAUGGACGUACACUUAACUGAUUCUUUUGUACAGUAAAUGUCAUGUUUUUGGUGUCGAUAAUGGUGCCUAACCAUUCACCUACUUGCUUGAGUUGGAAAUCGCUUUUAAUUUGGUUUGCGACAAAUCCUGCUGAAAGUAAAUGCUACGAAUUCCGGCAGCUCUCCAUUUUUUAACAAGUGGUCGCAAAACUUUAGUAAAAACAUAACAAGCGGAGGCAAGACCAAAAGGAAGUACGACGAACUGAAAAUAUCUUGUUUCUCCGUUCGGAAAAGUCCAUGCGAAUUUAUAAUGCUCCGGAUGAAUUUCGAUAUGAUGGUAACCGGAUUGAAGAUCGAAUUUUGCAAAAUAAUCGUUCUUAUCAAACAUUUCAGAUAAAGUAGUCAAAUCUUCGUAACGAAUUUUAUUUAGUUUUGUUCCGCGCUCUACGAUAGUUAAUGGAUUACAGCAAUAAGGUUUAUUAGAUACCUCUUGUAUAUAUCCUUUCUCUAAAAGACUAACAAUUGCCUGUUCUACAAAUUUCGGAUGCCUCAAGCUAGAAAGAUUAUUUAAAACUAACUAUAUACCCGUGGAAGAAUCCAUUUUAUUUCUUUUUUAAUCCAUGUAACGGACACGUAAACACACAGCAGUUCGAAUUUUACAAUCUGUUUUAUUUAAUAAGCAUAACCUGUACAUGGUAAAAAACUGUCACAAGUACAUCAGCCGAAUUCCCGUGGAAGAAAUCCACUAAAUCUCUCAUUAAACGAUGUAAGGGACACCAAACAGAAAUAUACAACACAGUAAUUUAAAUUUUUAAAACUCUAAUUUCAACCUAGACCCCGUGCUCUUUGUCUCUUUUAUAAAAAGAAAGAGAAAAAAGCCCUGGGAUUGAGGUUGCUCACAAUCUGCAUUAUUCUAUAUUUAUUCCCCCUUGAAACAAAACUUUUAAAAAUAUAAGCAGUUGCAACAACAAAAUAAAAAUUAAAUAAAAAUAAAAAUGCAAUCAAAUUCCAAUCAGUUCUCUUUGUGACUUUAUAUAAUCGUACGUUUUCUUCUUCUUUAUAUAUUUCUGACAACAACAUUAACUUUUUAUACUCGGUAUAUUGUAUAUCUACCGUAACAAUUCAAUCCAAGAUAUUAAAAGAACAGUUUACCGUACAGACCCAAAAGAAAAUCAAUUAUUUUGAAACGUGGUGCAUGACAACAAUGCAGUGUUUUCGAAUUUCGUAAACAUUGAUUUAGUUUUCUUACAGUUUUUAAGUUUAUUAACAUUACGGUUUUUUUAUAACGACAUAACACUGCAUUUCCCACUUUUGUAGCUUUAAAAACAGUAACAAUGGUAAAAUUACUUUUUACAAUGUAAAUUUUUCUCUAGAAUAUACACGUUGUAUUUUAUAAGAAUAGUGUUUUUACAUUUCAGCCUCAAUGUUCUUAACUUUCUUGACAAAAACUAUCCUAAAUAAUCUCAAUAUGUUCUUAGCAUGGCUAUGGCCUGGAAAUAUAUAAUGCCUAAAAUAAAGCAUGCUAUAAGUUACUAUUGCUAACUAAUGGCAAUUCUACUAUAUGUAACGGCCCAUUUCUUGGACACAAAAAAGUUCAGUUCGUUUGAUAUACAACAAAAAAAGUAAACUUCUAAUCAAUUUUGUGCGUCACACAAAUGUUCAUAUUUAAAACAAACUAUCAAGCUUAGACAUAUUCUAAGGAUAUUCUAAACUUCUGACCCAUUUUUCAGAGUAUAUUCUUAAAAAUAAGUGCUUAAAGAAAAUAUUUUCCGACUCAAGACGCAACAACAAACUUAAUAUUUAAGGAGAAAAAGAGCCCUAAAAAAAUCGUCAUAUACACAAAUUCAUUUCUCUAUCAAAAAAUUUAAACAACACACACCUGUUUUCUUUCGCUUUCUCAGUAGGCCGCUAGGGUUCUCUGAAUAAAAUCCAACCGAUUUUUUACUUCGAUUAAUAAAUUUCGCUUCAUCCCAAGGAGAACGGAUUGGAAAUGUUUAACUACAAAUUUCUGAUGCAUUUCCAAUGAAUUCUUUUUGUGAUGUUAUAUUAUUGUACUUUUUUCUUCGUUUUAAAAAAUAUUUCUGACAACACUUCUUUCGAUAACAACUGACAACAGUUUGUUUUUUUACAUUUUAGAUUCGAAUUACAUUCAUAUUCGAAUGCAAUACAACCUCGGUCCCAGAACACAAAAAUGGAAAAUAUAGAAAAACAUAAGCUUUAAGCUAACCUCAUGAUGAGUAGACAUUGACAUGCUUUGUUUAAAAAAACUUUUUUUCAGGAUUAAUUUGAAAAACAGACAACCUUCUUCGCUUUGGUGUUCUUUUUUCAGUUAAUAAACAACUUGUUUCCGUGAGAUACGGCGCACACACUGUAAACCGGGGCUAGAAUUAAUUUUUUUUAAAUUAUAUAUAUAAAAUAUAUAUUUUAAAUUAAAUUAUUUUAUCUAUAACGACCCCGUGGGGCUUUUAAAACAAACAAAAAACAAAUAGAAAUAUUUAAAAAUUUUAUUUUUUAAAAUAACGAAAGAAAAGAAUUAAAUGUUUAAAUAGUAACCCCCUGAUUUGCAUCUUUUUUAACUCGGUAAAUUUUAGCGUAACGCCACCUCGUAAGAAAGUGACCCGUACUUUGCGUGUCGUGGACUCACAUGGUUAUUCACACAAGCGUAUUAUUAUCGACCGCCUGAAGGCGGUCACUCCCGGAGGCCCUGGGUGCGUAGUCUUUCUUGCAGAAAAUUUCUGCGUUCGUAGCUGUGGUCCCAUGUUGAAUGUAAAGGUCGCGGAAUGAUGGAGAUACAGCUGAAAACAGUUGAAGAUUUGCUGGCUUCGCCAUCAUAUGAUGAGCAGCAGACUGCCCUUGAAAGAACAAGUGUGCACGCUGCUGUUCAAUUCUCUCUCUUUCGAAGCGAACUUUACUAUAAGCACGUGUUUGUGGUGGCGGUAUUUUCACAUCUCUCUCUUUCGAAACGAACUUACUAUAAGCACGUGUUUGUGGUGGCGGUAUUUUCACAAGUAAGUAGAAUUAUUAUAGAAUUUUUAUUUCAACGGAUGAGCGUGAAGGCUCGAACGAGCAUGAAAGAUUCACUCAUAUUUGAUUGUUCAGUAAAGUGAAACUCGUCUAAAAAAUGUUCAUUUCUCAGCGCUACCAUCUCUUGAAUGCGGUCCUUAAAAGUCCAGGUAUAUACAGCUGUGCAAUAGACACAUUUUUAGAGUUGUGUUCUAUGUUUUUUAUCCAUAUCUGAAAAAUAUUCAUCCAGAUAUGACACAUUUCUGUCACAAAAUAUAUGACGCAUGUGUCAAAUAUGACCAACAUCUAUCUUCUAAUGUCACUGAUCUUUCACUAAUUUACGACUUGAUCGCCUAUAAUGUUAGGGAUCCCAUUUGGACUUUGAUACAAUCAAGAUGUCCCUCAUUUCGUAGGAGGGACUGCAAUGCUCAGUUCUCAGAAAUUUUUCAGGAAUCAGUGUUUGGAUCUUUGAAUGAUUCUGAAAAAGCAUUAUUUAUCACAUCUUUUCAAUAUAAUGAUUGUUGCGAGUGUUGUGGGAGGAUUAUAUGCGGUUCGAUGUGCAGUUUCGUACAAUACGUGUCCAAUUAUAGAUCUCUUCCACUUGCUCAUUUCAAUGACAAUUGGCAUAUGUAUUUAUUUGCACAUAAUUUUUUUGUCACUAAGAUUGUUUGUCCUCUGUGUGGAGAACGUACUACUGUGCCAAAUGCUUUGACCACCCCAGCAACAGUUUUGUUCAUUGAGUUUUCCAAUGAAAUGCAGAAUCAGUUGAAAAUACAGACCAUCAUUGAAGUGGGUGGUUUGCGGUAUAAACUUUCAGGUGCAGUGAAAAAUAAAAAUAUGCAUUUUACGACAUGUGUUACUUUUCAGAAUUCAUGGAUGUAUAUAGAUGAUUUGACCUUCAAUGAAGAGCUGGUUCUUACAACCAAUUAUUCGACAAUCAUUUGCUUUUUAACAGAAGCGUUGGAUGUACAAUUUGAUGAGUCUGUAGCGCAAAAAGAUUCUACAGCAACACCGCCUAAGGAAAUGAUCGUAUGUUGUCCCAUUAUUGAGAGUAUUGUCGUGAAAACCUUCUUACAAUGCAAAAUAUGUAAGGGAAAAGUAGAUAUUCGUCCAGGAACUGGUUUGGCAACCUGCACCAAUGUUCACUGUGGUCGAGAUUUCUCAGUCACUCAUUUAAAGCAGCAACCGAACUGCUGCCAAAUAUGUGUUGUUUUGGAUAUGCGUAACAAAUAUGUUGCUUUAACCGUAACUGCUUACAGAGAAGUCCUUGAAGAAUAUUUCAGCGAAGAAAUUGCGGAUGAGGUGAAACUGCGAUCCGAUUUGUUGAAUCUCACAGAUGUUGAUUUUGUUAUCACCAAAGGUCAAAAAGUUAGCAAAAUGACCAUGCAUAAAAAAUGAACUAUUCAAAGAUGAUUCCACUAUGGCUUUUUUUUUUGUACUACUUGUGUUAUUAUUACCGUAGGACUGUGAAAACUGCUUAUUUCAUGCUAUAUAUGUACCAAUUUGUCAGUUGUAGAAAUUGAGCUGAUUUGAGAGAUCAUGAUCCAACACUUCGUUUCUCGUUAAUUUUCUAUUACAGCUUUUAUAUGAAAACUCUUUUUAUAUCAUGUUGAUAGCUGGUCUAACACAUAAAGAUCAAACACUUUUUUGCUCUCUAUUUUUUGUUAUUAUUUUGAUAGGUAUGUGACUUUUCUUUAUUUUCACAUUGUAAA